CGACUACCCAGCAACUCCAGCUUCCGCUCCUUCGAAAGUGCAUCCUCCUAUAACUUUCCCUCUCUGAGAAACGCGACCAUGGCCGAGCUGGAAUCGCUCAUCGGCCCCUGCCCGUUCAUUCCAGACGAUGUCACCGUCGUGCAAUUCAUGCUGGACUCUUAUCAUCCAUUACGACCCAUUCGACCGGUGGAUACCCCAUGGCUCAUAGACGAUACGACAGGCAGAGGCAUUGGGCUUGAAGAGAUCCGGACACGCGUCUGGGGCCUCGCGAACGCGCUCCAUGUGCGCUUCGGCAUUCGGGAGGAUGAUGUAGUCCUCAUUUACAGUCCAAAUCACAUGGACUAUCUGCUGAUGGUGUGGGCAGUCCACCGGCUGGGCGCAACGAUGUCUGGCGCAAACCCAUCCUAUACCACAGACGAGCUCGUAUAUCAGAUCGAAGAAACCAAGUGCACGCUCGUCAUCACCCACCCCGCAUCCCUAAAGACCGCUCACGACGCAUCCCGCAAGGCCAAGGUCCCCGGGGACCGUAUAGUGCUCUUCAACAUUCAAGAUGCAGACCACGGAAAGCACAUAACAGUGGACGAGCUCGUCGCGCAGGGGCUGAACACGCCACCAUCGUUCGUGGAGCGCAAGCUCAACCCAGGAGAGGGCAAGACAAAGAUCGCGUUCUUGAGCUUUUCAAGUGGGACUACGGGUAGAGCAAAGGCUGUCGCUAUACCCCACAUCGCUCCGAUAGCCAACGUUAUUCAGUGUGCUGCGCACAACAAGGUGAACCAAAACUAUACACGAUGGGAAGACCAACGAUUCAGGCCAGGGGAUACGUGCUGUGGAAUUCUUCCUCUAUACCAUAUCUACGGACUGGUGUAUAAUACCCACUAUAUAUUCUUUUGCGGCAUGUCCGUAGUCUUGGCGCCCAAGUUCAGCUUCACCGACUUUCUCAAAAGCAUCGCCAAAUACAAGAUAACGCAUCUCAUGCUUGUACCCCCGCAGAUUGUGCUCCUUUGCAAGCACCCAGCAGUGAAGGAAUACGACUUUAGCCACGUUCGCUUUGCCACUAUCGGCGCAGCGCCGAUCUCGCGCGAGCUCAUGGAGAUGCUCAUCAAGGUCUUUCCCAACGCUGACAUUGGCCAGAGCUAUGGCUCGACGGAGACGUGUACGAUACUUACCACCUUCCCCAUCGACAUCAAGCGUGACUUGAGUGGAAGUGGAGGACAGUUCAUACCGGGAGUUACUGCGCGCGUUGUCGACACGAACGGCAAACUGGUUGACUUUGACGAGCCAGGGGAGCUUGUAGUGAAAUGCCCUUCAAUGGCGCUGGGGUAUGCCAACAACGCCGAGGCUACGAAGGAGACAUUUGUGGACGGAUGGUUCCGCACCGGCGACGAAGUCAAGAUAACCCGCAAAGGCGAGAUCUUCGUCCUCGACCGCCUCAAAGAGAUGAUCAAAGUCAAAGGGCACCAAGUCGCGCCAGCCGAGCUCGAGGGGUGUCUGCUCGAACACCCCGACGUCGCGGACACGUGCGUCGUGAGCAUACUCGACGAGUACGCGGGCGAGCUCCCGCUCGCGUACGUCGCGCUCAACCCCGAUGCCGCUCGGCGCGCCGAGGCGGGUCCUACAGAGGCGGACGCGAUCAAGGCGUCGAUACAGAAGCACGUCGCAGACAAUAAGAUCGCAUAUAAGCACCUCGCUGCAGGUGUGGAGUUCAUUGAUGUCGUUCCGAAGAACCCGAGCGGGAAGCUGCUGAGGCGUGUGUUGAGGGAUAGGGCGCGGAAGGAGAGGGCGGUGGUGAAGGCGAAACUUUAGAUCGUCUUGUUUUGUACGGAUCAGACUGUAUUUUUAUAUCAUGAUUACGCUGUUAUCUG